AUGCAAAAUGCUCAUGCUAAAUGGCUAUGGAGCAGUUGCCAGUCUUGUCCGACGUGCAAGGUCCAGUACACGAACUGUCCGAACCAGGAGAACUCAGGGAGGAGCGUACCGGGGACAUUCCAGUGUGAGAAGUAUCUCGUCUCCCCUGCGGACUUCGUCUCCCCAAUCCCGGAGACCCUGACGCCGGAAACUGUGGCGCCGUUGUUGUGCUCCGGUCUCAUCUUGUACGGCGCAUUAAACAAGCUCGACACAAAAUGCAACAAGGGUAACUGGGUGGUACCACAUCAUGGAUGCAUUCAAAUCGGUAGGGAAAUGGGCUAUAGAAUCAUCGCCUCAGGCGCAGAAGCAUUCAUCGACCUUCAAGACGAUCCUACUAUCAAAAUCCAAGCCCUGACUGACAGCAUCGGCGCCCACGCCGUCAUCGUCGUCGUCGGCCUCGAGAAAGCCUACGAACAGAGCGUCACGUUCCUCCGGCCCGUCGGCACGCUCGUCUGCAUGGGCCUGCCGCAGCCGGACUACCAUCUCCCCAUUUCACCGCUGGUGUGCGUGGACCGCGGGUACAGGAUGGUGGGGAGCGCGGUGGACACGGAGGCGGAGAUGCAGGCGCUGCUGGGCUUGGCGGCGGAGUGGAAGGUGGUUACGCAUAUGAGAAUGAUUGAGCCAGCGGAGGUGAAUGAGGUGGCGGGGCCGUUGAGAAGGUUUGCGGUGGAGGGGAGGGCGGUAUUGCGGAUUCCUGUUUAG